UGUUCCAGGUUGUGAAUGACGAUCUAUAGAUUUAAACAAUCCCGUCAGGGUGAUCGUGAUUGGCUAUGUGCUGCAGAAGCCCCGCCCACCAGAGGCUGGUAUUUAGAGGCGCAGAGUGCCAACGCAGGCAGAUCCGCUGUUCACAAAUCAGUGCAAAGGUGUUGUGUGGCUGCGCAGACGCUGUCCGUCCAGAUGUUGCCCCGGUUGCUCGCCUCCGUCUGCAUCCUUGCAGCUGCAGCUGUUGCCGUGCCGCCUCAGGAGAAGCGCGUCCAUCACCACGCUGAUCUGAGUGACCACGCCCACGAUGAUGCUCAUGGCUUCCAGUAUGACCACGAGGCUUUCCUGGGCAAGGAGGAGGCCAAGACCUUUGACCAGCUGACCCCAGAGGAGAGCAAAGACAGAUUAGCGAAGAUCGUGGAUCGCAUCGACACAGACAAAGACGGUUACGUCAGCCACGCCGAGCUGCAGUAUUGGAUCAGACACCGGCAGAGACGCUACAUCGAGGAGAACGUCAACAAACACUGGAACGACUAUGACAAGAAUGGAGACGGCAAGAUUGGCUGGGAGGAAUAUAAAAACACCACCUACGGAUUCUACCUGGACGGGGAGUUUGAUGACGUUGAAGACAAGGACACUUACAAGUCCAUGCUCACGCGGGACGAGCGGCGCUUCAAGACAGCCGACCGAGACGGCGACGGCGUCGCCACACGUGAGCAAUUCACCGCCUUCCUUCAUCCUGAGGAGUUUGACUACAUGAAGAACGUCGUCGUGCAGGAAACCAUCGAAGACAUCGAUAAGAACGGCGAUGGAAAGAUCAGCAUGGAAGAAUAUAUCGGUGACAUGUACAGCACACCUGAGAGCGGGGAGCACGAGCCUGAGUGGGUCCAGACGGAGAAAAAACAUUUCCUAGAGUUCAGAGAUGUCAACAAGGACGGUUACCUGGACGCUGGUGAGGUGGCCACGUGGAUUCUGCCUGAGGAGGUGGACCAUGCCGACAAUGAAGCCAAACACUUGAUCCACGAGACGGACACAGACAAGGAUCAGAAAGUAACCAAGAAGGAGAUUCUGGCCAACUGGAACAUGUUUGUGGGCAGCCAGGCCACCAAUUAUGGGGAAGAUUUAACGAAGAGACACGAUGAACUUUGAUGAGCCUUCACACUCCAACAGAAGCUCUUUUGGCUUAUAUUUGUAUUACUAUAGAUGGUUUGGUCACAGGGGUAUUUGGGUCUUUUGAAGGGGGGUAAACUGUCGUCUUUGAUCUGCAUUCAUACACAAAGUCACACAGACAUUCUUAGUUCAGCAUGCAAUCACAUACUGUGUAUGUGAGUACAGGUGCUGCUGGUCUUUGUUUUAGUUGCAUAUCUUAUUGUGAGAAUUACGUGAACGUGAACUGACUGAAGUGGAUUCAAAACACAUGCGGAAACAAAGAGAUUUGAUGACCCACUUUUUCUGAACUUGACUGUUGAAUAAAAUAGUUCAUUUUUUCCAACAAUGUUUUAUUU